AUGUCAAUACGCGCCCCAAUACUGCAGCAAUUCCGCCAUCGCAUUUUGACUGUCCAACGCUGCAGUGCCUCGUUCCGUCCAUUGUUCUCGAAUCGCGCUGUCGCUCUCAGUCGGAGUUUCCUUCCAACAAGAAGCUAUGCCUCUAUCUCCGCCGCCGAAUUGCAGUUUGGCCAGCCUUUGCAUGAGACGCAUCCUCAUUUGUUAGAGCCGGGCGAAUUAACACCAGGAAUUACCGCUCAGGAAUACGCGCACCGUCGUUCGAGACUCGCCAAUCGACUACCCAAAAAUGCCAUUGCCAUUGUCGCCGCGGCAGACGUCAAGUAUCGUGCUUCAGGUGUCUUUUACGAGUACCGACAAGAUUCGAAUUUCUUUUACUUGACGGGUUUCAACGAACCCGGCGCACUGGCUAUAAUAAUAAACGACGGAUCAGGCGAUAAUCACCUCUUUCAUCUAUACGUUCGAGAAAAGGACCCUAAGAUUGAACUAUGGGAUGGUGCACGAUCAGGCACUCAAGCGGCAUUAGAUGUGUUUAAUGCGGACGAAACCGGCAACAUCGAACGAAUCAAAGAACUCAUCCUCCCAAUCUUAUCCGAAGCAACCGAAAUAUAUACGGACAUCAAAUCUCUUUCCCCCGCCGGAUCCACGAUAUCUCGUUAUUUAAAUGGGAGCGAAGCAGAGUCCGACCUGCAAAAGAUUGUACAAGCACAUAAAGUAAAGCCUCUUCGUCCGGUACUGAAUGAAUUGAGGGCCUUUAAGAGCGAGAGUGAGGUUGUGAAUCUGCGACAAGCCGGACAAGCUUCAGGCCGCGCUUUUACGGAUUCGAUGCGCCAGGAGUUUGAUACUGAAAAGGAAUUGUCUUCGUUUUUGCAGUAUCAAUUUCAGGUGAAUGGGUGUAGUGGCAGUGCUUUUGUACCUGUUGUUGGAGGAGGACGGAAUGCUCUGAGCAUACAUUAUACUCGGAACGACGAUGUCUUGCGAGAUGGGCAACUCGUCCUCGUGGACGGAGGCGGUGAAUAUGGAGGCUAUAUUGCAGAUAUCACAAGAACAUGGCCGGUGAACGGCAAAUUUACUGGACCACAGCGCGAUUUAUAUACUGCUGUGUUGAACGUACAUAGAACUUGUGUGGCGCUCUGUCAUGAGAAUGCGAAUCUAUCCCUCGACCGGCUUCAUGGUAUUGCGGAAAAGGGGCUCAAGGAUCAACUACAGCAAAUAGGUUUCGAUAUGUCGGGUGAUGCUGUAAGGACUCUGUUUCCACAUCAUCUGGGCCACUAUGUUGGUCUUGACGUGCAUGAUUGUGCUGGGUAUCCAAGAAGUGUCAACCUGAAGGCCGGACAAUGUAUCACCAUUGAGCCUGGUAUAUAUGUUCCCAAUGAUGAGCGGUGGCCGGAGCAUUUCCGCGGUAUCGGUAUUCGCAUUGAAGAUAGUGUUUGCGUGGGUGACGAGCACCCUAUCGUGCUGACAAUGGAGGCCGUCAAAGAGAUUGACGACAUCGAGGCUCUCCGCUCAUAG